GCUCCUCUUCCUCACGUGACUGGUCCCGUCCCGCUAGAAUCACUGAACCCGGAGGUUUCCGCCUGCACUAUGGACUCACGAAUCAGGAUUUAGGUUCUCUUCGGGGUGUACCAAGCAAUAUAUGCUAUGAUGCCCUCACGCAGCAAUGCUGCCGCCACGCCGAUCAGCAAGGUGAAGUACUCCAAGCUUUCUGAUACAGAUGACGGGUACAUUGACCUUCAGUUUAAGAGGAGCCCUCCAAAAAUUCCAUACAAAGCCAUUGCUUUAGCCACCGUCCUCUUCUUAAUCGGCACUUUGUUGAUUGUGAUUGGUGCGCUCCUGCUUACUGGGCACAUUGGCAACGGGGGCAAUGAGCGCGCCAUACCUGUGCUGAUCAUCGGGAUCCUUGUUUUCCUGCCUGGCUUUUAUCAUCUCCGCAUCGCGUAUUAUGCAUCCAAAGGCUACAGAGGAUACUCGUAUGACGACAUCCCAGACUUUGAUGACUGACCCAUUGCUUGUGGCCACCAAAUCGGCACAAAUCAUACUGCUGUACUUGGGCAUAACUUCUCGGAACAGCUGAAGAGGAAGCCUGGCAGACCAAUGUAUAUACAGUGCGACUACGGCAUAGGCUGGCAGCGGAAACUGUUCAGUAGCCUCUUUCUAGACAUGGCAGGGAUUAUAUUUAAGCAAGUUGUAAAAAAAAAAAUACGGACCGUGAUUAGCAUUGUCAAGAAGAGAUAUGUUCUCAAGAUGGAUUCGAGGUGCCUAGGGAAGUGCAAAGGCCUAAGCAAAUAUGUUCGUCUUGAGAUAUUAAGCUGCACCUGGAAGACAUAAGGGGACAUCUACUAAAGCGUUCACUAUUGUGGCGCAUGCCAUAUAUGCACAAUAAUUGGAGACUUUUUAAGCUUAU